CUCGAAAUAAUCGGCAGGCUAAGAUGGAUCCACAUAGUGCGGACAACUGCAAGUGCCACAAGCAGACGCAGCCGGCACAGCAGACGUUAAGCGACAUGGACUUCGAUCGAGGCAUCUGGAAUGCAGCUAUCUAUAACGAAGUGGAGCGUGUAAGGGAGUUUAUCAAGAAGGGCCAGUCAAUGGAUCGCGAUGGCUGCGACUAUACCGCUCUGCACUAUGCGGCCCGCAAUGGGAACGAGCCGAUCUGCAAGCUGCUUCUCGACGAGGGCAAGGCAGACGUAAAUGCAGUGACCAAGGCAGGAGCCACCGCGCUGCAUCGUGCAGCCAUGAUGGGCCACUUGGAGAUCGUGAAGCUACUGGUCGAGCACAAGGCUAAUCUUCUGCUGCAGGACGAGUGCGGACAGACUGCUUUGCAUCGAGCAGUGAUGCGGGGCCACCUGGAGGUGUGUCGCAUUCUGCUGGCGAAGGAGCCGACUCUUAAGCUGGUCAAAGAUAAAAAGGACAAAAUUGCAUUUGAGUACAUCAUGGAGAACGCCAAUGAUGACUUUAAGCUGCUGCUGAAGCCCUAAAGGACUCGUCAUUCCCCGUUCAACAUAUUUGUAUUCGUUACGGUUUAAAUAUCUUUGUUUAUUGAGUCUGUUAACACGUUUUCUAUAAAAUUGCACCCGAUAUCGUUGUAAAAUCCUACUUAGAAAUUGCAUACGUCCUUCUUUGUUUGCAUUGUGUGCGAGAUCGAUUGUAUAUGGGAAAAGUAAUCUUAACGUUUGCGUAGUCAAAUUAACCUAGUGGAUACAUAAAUCGUUUAAAUCAUCUAUAUAGACUAUAUACAUGCCUAGUAAACAUAAAAUGUGCAAGUAAUUUAGACAAACAAUGAAAACUCUGUGCCCAACAGGAUGUGCACACGAAACUCGUUUUGAAAAAUGCGAGAUUAGCGUGAAAGUUCUGUUCAAAAUUUGUAAUACAUCGUAAGAAAAUUAAUAUCACAUCGGAGUCCGUGUAUCGAAGUUGUUAAUCAAUCUGGUGUUGAAAUUGAAAUUAAGGAAACUAUUACACAACCUUCCUACACACUCGUCGCCAAUUUACAAAAACUAUACGCUACCUAUCAUUAUAGCAAACAUAUAAAACCUAUAUAAUCUGAAUAAAUACGUAAAGCGCAA